AUGGAUGACCCGGUCCCUCCAAUUCUUCCUAACGGGAGAAUAUCCGACUCAUUCAACAGCGCACCGCCAUUAUUCGAAGACGAAGCUUUCCUAUCCCCCGGCACAUUCUCAAGCGCGGACGAAUACGCUGCUAACCCGCGCUUCCUCGAAUUACAAGAAGAGCUGCGCUGCGUGCUAUUCUCUGCAGUCGCAAGUCUUGAACCUAGCACAUAUAUCUCACCAGCACCCUCGGAUCCACUAGAUGGCCCUGGUCCACGUGCAUCACGGCAGAGUCUUGAUUUCACACGGGUAUCAAUCCCAAAAAUCCGACUGAUUUAUUAUCUCAAGAACUGGAUAACCGAGUGCGCACCGUACUUGGAUAAAUUCGACGAGGCGCGCCAUUUUGGAGUUCACAUUCCCAUCCUGGCGCAACGAUCUCCGACUUUAUUCUACGCCAUCCUUGCUUUCUCUGCCCGGCAGACUGAGCGAAAAGCAUGUCUUGAUAAAGCUUACGACAGCCUGGAGCUCUACCAAGAGUCCAUCCGCCUCUUGACACCAUGCCUUCAAGCCAAAGACCCGAAUGUCCUAGUGACAGUCUGCAUCCUCGCAGUAAUGGAACUAAUGUCCGUGAGUCCGCGAGACUGGCGUCGACACGUGGAAGGGUGCGCGGCAUUAUUCGACUCGUUUAACGUGAAUGGCCUAUCAGGGGGGCAUCUCCAAGCUGUCUUCUGGUGUUACGCGCGGAUGGAGCUAUGCGGCGCGAUCAUCUCCAAUGGUGCCGAGAGCACGGUUCUCGCACUUGAAAAAUGGGUACCAGCGAUGCCGGAAACAUCAUCCCCAAAAGAAAGAGAGGGUAUGAUUCGCGACCUAUUCUGCGCGAAGGGUCGCGUGAGUCCGGACAUGCACGCCAAUUGGGCCGUGUACCUAUGCGCCAAGACGUGCGAUCUUGCAUGUCGGCAGACAAGACACCUAGAGCUGGGCGAGAUGGUCGACGACGAGCGACCAUUCAGCGAACAAUGGAACACUCUCUGGGAUGAACUCCAAUACUGGCUCGAGACACGACCUCCAGCCUUGCUCCCAAUCAAAACUACAGGAAUAGGAGGCGGACAAAUCUUUCCCGAAAUUCUGUUCGCGCACUGGGCGGCUAUCUCGGGGAACCAGCUGUAUCACGCAUCUUGUAUCAUGAUGCUAGAUAUCAGGCCAAUGGAAAUGACUUUGCCAACGGGAAAACCACAUUACUCGGCGAUUUGGCAUGCAAGGAGGGUGUGUGGGAUUUCGUUGACGAAUCCGCACAGUGGGAAUCUGAUUAAUGCGAUUCAGCCGCUAUAUAUUGCGGGGAAGCUACUCAGUCAUCAUAGAAACCACUGGUUGGGGGGCGUUGUGGAGGCUGAAGGAUCUCGAGAGGGCUUGGGGCUAUGA